AUGACUCGUAUUGGUUUACAACUUCUUUAUCCAUUUUUUAAGGGAAAUUCAUUAGAAAGUGAAUUUGGAUUUGUUAAUUACUAUCACUGUCAUCCAAUUAAUCGUUUACUACAUAUUAUUACAUUACCUUUCCUGAUAUUUUCUUUACUCUCUAUAACAUAUUCUAUUGAUUAUCGUCUAUCUCUAUUAUUUUAUAUAAUCUAUUGUACAAUUAUUUUUAUUAUUGAUAUUAAAAGUGGUCUAGCAUUUUUAAUUCUAUUUGCUUUGGUAUUUGGUCCAGCUAAAAUAUUAUCUGCUCAAGGAAUAUUAUCUAUAUUCUAUAGUUUAUUAAUAAUGUUGACUGCUCUUAUUAUUCAAGGUAUUGGACAUUAUCAGUUUCAAAAAGCUGCUCCGGCAUUUCGUCUAUUUGAAGCAAUAUUUAUAACGCCAACCUUUUUAAUGAUGUAUCUUAUCACCAAUCAUAAUAAAACAUUUUGGAAUGAUGUAAAAAAUGAAACAAAUAAAUGGAAACAAGUUCUUGAAAAAUAA